AUGAAAGAAGACGACGGCAGCAACAGAUAUAGUGCCACAAAUGAAAUUAUGAACCCCGAUCACGCAGCGGAUGUUGGGAUUUUUGAGCCUCCCAACUCAGAUGUCAACGGGAGCAACGCCGCCCAAGGCCAAGGUGGUGGAACCAGCCAAUCCAAUAUUUAUAAAAAUACAGCACGUGGCUCGAGUUCCGCCCAAGGUCAAGGUGGCAGCACCAACCAAUCCAUAAUUUAUAACAAAAAAAUUACAGCACGCAAUGGAUCCUCAUAUGUCGGGAAAUUCAACUUUCACAACGUCAACAUCAAUGCCGGCCAAGCUGAAGGUGGCUCUGAAGGAAACGAGGGCUUCCACAAAAACAAAGGUAUCUGUCACAACAUUGAUUGUAAUAAAAUUACCGCAGACAAUAAAUCCACAAACGUUGGGUUUGAAAACUUUGGCAACAGCAACAUCAACUUCAAGUCUACUAGUACUAAAAAUCACGGCAAAGCAGCUGGUAGCUCGAGUUCCGCCCAAGGCCAAGGUGGCAGCACCAACGAAUCCAUAAUUUCUAACAAUGAAAUUACAGCACAAAAUCAAUCCUCAAAUGUUGGGAUGUUCAACUUUCACAACGUCAACAUCAAUGCCGGCCAAGCUGAAGGUGGCUGUGAAGGAAACGAGGGCUUCCACAAAACGAAGCAUGAUAUAGUCCGGGGCGGAGAGGGAGCUAGGGCAUUGGGGGAUCCUAUGCUCCCCUCUAAACUUUCUUGA